GCUAUCCAGCCAACUCUUAAGUGUGUGUGUGAGGAAGUGUGUGUGUGUUAUUUCUUUGAGUAGAAAGAAUGAAGUAAGGAAAAUACGUUCGAGGUUAUUUGCGCUCUGUGUCCGCGAAUGGUAACCCAGGAUCCCUUUUAAAUCAUUUCACUUGACGGUGAAACCUGGAAGUGGAAACUUUAUAACUGUGAAAAGUCACAGGACUUGGGGUCACCAUGGGGCAUUGGUGGUGCUGGCUACUGGCGACCUUGCUAUGGGUAUCCACGAUAACAACACCGUGCCUUGGCCAGAGUGGUGACAGUGCCGACUGGGGCUCGGGCUUCGAUAUCUCCAUGACGACCCUCGGCACCAACAACAACACGUCCUCCUCCCAGGAGCCCGGAGAUUACCCUGCGGGGUCAGAAACAGAGACAGGAGAAUCGUGGGUAAAAACACCACCACCAACAUCACCUCCACCACCACCUAAGCCAGUGCUCCACUACGAGCCGGAGCCAGACGAGUGCUCCGUCCACUUCAGCACCAGUCAGGCCUCCGCCAGACGCCUCAAGGCCCAGAGAGAGGAGCUGGCCUAUCUAAAGGCUAUACAGCAUGGGAACCAGGCGGUGGUGGAGAACCUAGUCCAGUACGUCGGAGCAGAGCUGGGGGAGGGGCAGCGCUACGAGGACGUCAUCGAGGAAAACAUAGUGGGCAUUAGGGAGGAGCAGCAGAGUUGUAACGGUGUGGUCCAGAAGGUGGUGGAGGAUCUGGAUGGACAGCUGGAAGGAGAUGUACUGGAGGCUCUGGCUGGGAUACUGAAAAUCAAAGAGGAAUCCCUGGCGUUCGAGGGCCUCCUCCAGGCAACAGCAGACAUCGCCAUGAGGCUGGAUAGCUUGUCUCAGACCCUCCACGCCUCCUUCACCAAACAGCUCAAAGACUCUCAAAACUUGACAUCGCUAAAGAGACUUACUACCCUCCAUCGCUAAGGAGACCGCCUGGUCCCAGAUCUGUUUGUGCGGUCUCGCCAACUCCUAUGGUCAUUGCUGUGACUCUCUUGUAGCCUGGUUCCAGAUAUGUGUGUGCAAGACAGCACAAACAGCUCUGGCAUCAGGCAACUAAGGCUUAGAAUCAAGUGUAAAGCGGUGAUAGCCGACACCCACAUAGCUGAUGUUUUUCCGGUGUCGGAGGUGUCCCUGCGUAGGAGCUUGUCAAAUCGGUGAGCAGAAGCUCAUGUGAUCAUUGUCAUGAAGUUCAGAACAAGAAAGUAUAGGCUAUAUAGAAAUAAUUACGCUGAAACUGAAAAUCAUUCAACUAAAUAAUGAAGAUUUAUAUUAGCCUAAUCGAGGUGUAGAUUACAUCUCACACUCCAGUGUUUGAAUUCACUCUUAAUGCGACUCCGUGCAGCCAAUUGCAAUGUCCACUUUAGGUAUAAAUCUGGGAGCUGCUUGUGGAUUGGACAGCUCUAACGCAUUCCACCUCCGACACGGCCAAAACAACCGCUAUGCAGAUAUCUGCUAGAAUCUAGCCCUAAAGAGAACUCUCUAUGGACUUCUCCCUCCUACACUUCUUCUCUCCCUCCUACUCUUCUUCUCUCCCUCCUACUCUUCU